AUGAAGGCCUUCCCCCAACCGCCCAGAGAGAGGAACGAGGCCGUGUGUCGCGGCUGCGUGAACUUCGAGGGCGCGGACCGCAUCGAGCUGCUCAUCGACGCGGCGCGCCAGCUCAAGCGCAGCCACGUGCUCCCCGAGGGCCGAUCGCCCGGCCCCCCGGCCCCCAAGCACCCGUCCACCAAGGACCUGGCCGCGGCUGCGGCGCAGGGGCCUCAGCUACCACCUCCGCAAGCGCAGCCCCAGCCGUCAGGCACCAGUGGUGGCGUCUCGGGCCAGGACCGCUAUGACAGAGCCACCUCCUCGGGCCGCCUCGCGCUGCCCUCUCCCGCCCUAGAGUACACGCUGGGGUCCCGCCUGGCCAAUGGGUUGGGCCGCGAGGAGGCGGUGGCUGAGGGGGCGCGGAGGGCUCUGCUUGGCACGAUGCCCGGCCUAGUGCCUCCCGGGCUGCUGGCAGCGGCAGUGUCCGGCCUGGGAAGCCGAGGCCUAACGCUGGCCCCCGGCUUGAGUCCUGCCCGUCCCACCUUCGGCUCUGACUUCGAGAAGGAGAAGCAGCAGAGGAAUGCCGACUGUUUGGCAGAACUGAACGAGGCCAUGCGGGGCCGGGCAGAGGAGUGGCACGGGCGUCCCAAAGCGGUGCGCGAACAGCUGCUGGCACUGUCCGCCUGCGCCCCCUUCAACGUCCGCUUCAAGAAGGAUCACGGGCUGGUGGGGCGAGUGUUCGCCUUUGAUGCCACUGCCCGCCCUCCGGGCUACGAGUUCGAGCUGAAGCUUUUCACCGAGUAUCCCUGUGGGUCUGGCAACGUGUACGCGGGGGUCCUGGCCGUGGCGCGCCAAAUGUUCCAUGACGCUCUGCGGGAGCCUGGCAAGGCCCUGGCCUCCUCGGGCUUCAAGUACCUCGAGUAUGAGCGCCGGCACGGCUCCGGGGAAUGGCGCCAGCUGGGCGAGCUGCUGACCGAUGGGGUCCGCAGUUUCCGAGAGCCUGCUCCGGCUGAGGCCCUGCCCCAGCAGUACCCCGAGCCCACCCCUGCGGCCCUGUGCGGGCCGCCCCCAAGAGCCCCAUCCCGGAACCUGGCGCCCACUCCACGCCGACGCAAGGCAUCCCCUGAGCCCGAGGGCGAGGCGGCCGGUAAGCUGACCACCGAGGAGCAGCAGCAGCGGCACUGGGCAGCCCCCGGUGGCCCCUACUCCACCGAGACCCCUGGUGUGCCCUCACCCAUCGCUGCGCUGAAGAAUGUGGCCGAAGCCCUGGGCCACUCACCCAAAGACCCCGGCGGGGGCGGGGGCCCCGUGCGCACUGGCGGUGCCAGCCCCGCAGCCUCGUCCACUGCCCAGCCUCCAACUCAGCAUCGCCUGGUGUCCCGCAAUGGAGAGGCUGAGGUCAGCCCCACAGCAGGGGCCGAAGCCGUCAGUGGAGGUGGGAGCGGCACCGGGGCCACGCCAGGAGCCCCCCUGUGCUGUACCCUGUGCCGAGAGCGGCUGGAAGACACCCACUUCGUCCAGUGCCCCUCGGUGCCCGGACACAAGUUCUGCUUUCCCUGCUCACGAGAGUUCAUCAAGGCGCAGGGCCCGGCAGGCGAGGUGUACUGCCCGAGUGGUGACAAGUGCCCACUGGUGGGCUCCUCGGUUCCCUGGGCCUUCAUGCAGGGUGAGAUCGCCACCAUCCUUGCUGGAGACAUCAAGGUUAAGAAAGAGCGGGACCCCUAGGCCACCAGGGCGGCCACCAGGCUACUGCCCCCUGUCCCUUUGCCACCCGCCGCUGCUGCGGAUAAAUUAUUCCCUCCCCCUACCCAACCCAGUGCCACCCCCACCCAUGUACAUACCCACUUCCUCAGCCCAGACGGGUUCCCUGGGGUAGAUGCAUUGGGGGUGGGGGUGGGGGGAGAAAGCUUAUGGCUCCUAUCGGAGAGGGUGACCGGACUCCCCGGGCCCCUCUACUGUCCCUCUGUGCUCCCUGGCUUGGCUUUUCUGCUGCUUGUAGUUGGGGAAGAGGUGUCCCCUCUUCCUUCAGAAAGGAUCUCCCAAAAUCUUGCUCUUUAUAAACGAAGCAAAGGUAUUUUAUUGCGUCCCUCCCCCUCCUCCCUCCCCGCCCCCUUAAACUCCUUGAAUAAACCGAAAGAUUUUUUUUUUUUCC